UUACAGUCAAUAGAGUAUCGGGACCUGCUCGGCAUUAUCGACAGGCUGCGGUUACAGGGUAUUAGCCAAUUCGUUGAUCUGCCCCAGAUUAUUGUCUGUAGUAACCAGUCUUCUGGUAAGAGCUUCCCCCUUAAAGCAGUAUCUGGUAUAUUAUUCCCUAUAAAGAAUAACCUUUAUACCCGAUUCCCGACAGAACUCAUCCUGCGCCACAGCCCCUCUGUAGGUAUUAAUGUCCAUAUGUCCCUGGCCCAGACCGAAGAAGAGACUGAUGUCCUGGGAAUCAGUCGUAUGGUCGAGGAUACUAAGGAUGCCAUGAGUCUGAACGGAAACGAAAAGGUCUUUAGUACUGAUAUCCUCCGUAUCGAGAUCUCGGGCCCGUUACAGCCGUACCUUACUAUAGUCGAUCUUCCAGUCCUUUUCCUAGCUGGAAACAAAAACCAGUUGAUAGAGGAUUCGGAACUUGUCAAGUCACUCGUCUUCGGAUAUAUAAGAAAGCUGCGGAGUAUUAUCCUGGCGGUGGUCUCUGCAAAGAGCGACUUUGCCCUCCAGCAAGUAAUACAGUAUGUUCGGGCUAUUGACCCGAAAGGUAACCGUACACUGGGUCUGAUUACCAAGCCGGAUACCCUGGACGAAGGUUCUGACAGUAAACGGUUCUUUAUAGAGCUUGCUCAGAACAAGGAUUUCAAAUUCCGGUUGGGAUGGUAUGUAUUACGUAAUAGAAGUUAUACUACA